UAGUGUUUUGCAAUAAUUGAUUCAAAACAGAGUCAACACUUAAAGUGUGUCACAAAUGACGCAAAUGACAGACAAUUGAGUUGACAUUUGGUCGACAUUUGCUUGGAUUAAGUGACCAAUUGGUGACAAUGUUGUCGAUUCGCAAUUGGUUUGUGUCGCGGAUGUUGUCGCAGACAUCAGGUGUCCAACGGAUGUGUCACUUGAACUCAACAAUUGUUGACUUUUAUUACGCCGACCAACAACUCAAUCACAUCGCACAGCAAUUGGACUCUUUUGAUGGUCGAAAAGAUCCCAUCAGAUGUACUCAUUUGGUGAACCAAUUGAGGACGGCUCAAGACAAAGUGAUAACAUAUAUCUUUAAACUAAUGGAUGAAUGGCAUUGUGUACGCACUCCAAGAGACUAUCGCUGCAAAUUCCCAGAUGACUUAUUAACCGGAGAAGGAGCCGAAUCUCUAAAUGGUCAGAUUUGGUUUGGAGCCGAAUGUUUGGCCGCCGGAUCUAAUAUAAUGAACCACGAAAGCGAAUCAGCUUUACUCAGACCAAUGGCUAAAUCAUUGACUACUGCUUUGGAUCAAUUAAGACUUGAUUUAAGGCAUUGUUGUGAUGAUUUGGAUGAGAGAGGUAAUAUAUCUUAUGGAAUGGUUGUAAAACUGGAACAAUUUGAUCAAUUAUUUGCAACAUUUGAAUACGAAUACGUGAAGUCAAUGUUACCAAUCAAAAGUGCAGAUGAAAUUGAAAAACAACAAGAAGUAAUUGUUUUGUUCAGUGAAACACUUAGGUCUGCACUUCAAAGACGCCUCAUAUCACAGGAUGACAUCGAUGAUUGUCAACCAAAGGCUAUGAUUGCUAUCCCAAGGCUUGCUAUUGUUAACGGAUUGCUUAUUGGCAAUGGAUCUGCUAUUUGCAAGAAGUCUAAAGAUCAGUUAUCAAACCUUUUUAAACCAUUUCAUAAUUUACUUCUGAAAAUACGCGAUCUUUUGCUUGUUUUACGUCGAAUUGAAAUCGAUGUCUUGGAGAAGCUUUUAAUUAACGAAGAAAAUCUUAUUUCCAAUAAUUGCGAUGAAAUAUCUCUUCAAAACAUUACCAUUCAAAGGAAACGAAGUAAUUCCGUUCCUGAGAAUCGGACUCAACAUGUAUUCCUUAAUAUCAAUAAUAAGGCAAAAUCUAUAUCAACACUGUCUUUAACCACUUGCAUAAAAUCGCGAUCUAAUAAGCAAACGAUUGAUAAUUUUGAAGAUAAUUUAAGUGUCACUUCAGUCGAGUCAACCACAACAACGACAACAUCUGAGGACUCAUUCGAAAUUGCUUUAGCAAUUGAUGCUAAAAAUUCACAGUACAUUCCGACCCAAACUAGAUUAUUAUUACACAAACUUUUUGUCACAAUUUCAGGAAUUGCUGAUCAGUUACAAUCCAAUUAUGCGAGUGAUUUGAGAAAUAUAUUGCGAAAUGUGUUUGACUUAAACCGAUCGCCAGAUGAAGACGAUAUAAGUGUUGAAGAAGCUGUUGAAGCAAAAGAAUAUCUCAAAUUAACUGAUAUUAACAAUAGUGAUGAAACAACUCUUCAAACUUUGAACUCUAAUGACGAAUUAAAUGGUCAUAUAUCGAGAUCUACUACUUUCACAAAUGAAAACUCAUUGAUGAGUCAAUUAAGUGAUGAUUACUCGCCUCAAACUGAAAGUAUUAUAUCCGACGAUAUGACACAAACAACUCCUCAAUUGGGAGAAGAGUCACAACAAUAUCUUUUGCCUCCUAUUUGGGUUCCCGACGAACUCGUGUCGGUUUGCACCCAAUGUUGCUCUCAAUUUACAAUUAUUAGGAGACGCCAUCACUGCAGAAACUGUGGACAAAUCUAUUGUCAUAAUUGUUCCAAUAAUUUCACUCCUUUACUACGCUAUGGAUACGUUAAACCGGUUCGGGUUUGCGAUCGAUGUCACCAACAAAUGUCUGUUCAAAUUCCGACUCAAACAUAAUCUUAAUUACAAUUAGUCAAAGAUAUGUAAGAAAUCUUAACAGUUUUCAUUGUUAUAUACAGUAAUUUUUAUUAUUUCAAUAUAUACUUAU